GUGAUCGCAUGGAAAAUCGAUCGAGUUUGAGGGCAAUGGAUGAAGAUGAAGAAAGUGAGAGAAGUAUUGGUACAAAUAACAAGAGUAUUAUCAUGAACAACAAAAAUGGUGUGAGAAAGAAACUGAGGCUCACAAAAGAGCAAUCCACCUUGCUGGAAGAAAGCUUCACCCGCCAUAGCACCCUUAAUCCGGCCCGGAAACAGUCACUUGCUGAGCAAUUGAAUCUGAAGCAAAGACAAGUCGAAGUUUGGUUUCAGAACAGAAGAGCAAGGACAAAGUUGAAGCAAACAGAAGUAGACUGCGAGUUCUGGAAGAAACGCUGCGAAAGUCUUGGCGAUGAGAAUCGUAGGUUGAAGAAAGAAUUGCAGGAGCUAAGAUCGUUCAACAAGAAUGGGGCAUCGCCAUUGUACAUUCAAAUCCCAAAGGCUACAAUCCUUUCAAUGUGUCCAUCUUGUGAGAGGAUGGUAAAAGCUCAUCACCAUGACCAAGCAGCUGCAAAGAACACAGAAGAUCUCAAUGUGGUCCGGAAGAGUAAUAAAUUGCAGGGCGGCUUUGACGGUACAAAUUAACUAUAGAGAGAUUUGGAGGCUAUAGCUUCAUAGCCAUAACCAUAACUUUAUAUACAAGUGCUCAACUAAGCAACAAAAGCAUUGAUCAUGUUGAUCAAUCAACAACUACCCACAUGACUAAAUUGAAUACAUGUGUGUUCUGCUAAUUAAAAAAUAGGGUAGCUAGAAAAAGGUUUAAUGUUAUAUUAUAAUUUCCUUUACAAGGAUGUAUUUGAUUUGC